ACGUCACCUGUGCGCGACACAGUCUGGCUACGCAGUUGAAGGUUGAAGGGAUUUGGUGGAAUUUUCCACUGCGGAUUUUAAUCUAAAUAAAGUCUGCAUUAGAGUUCGAUAGAACCGGCAGACAGGGACCGGGAGUGACCGAUAGACUCCUGAAGCCGUACCCCAGUUUGUAUCAAUCCGGUUCAAUCCGGAUCGCAGUCUCAGAGUGUUUGUUGUGGUUUGGUAGAGCAGCUAGUGGCUAACGAUUAGCAUUAGCUGGAGUUUGUUUUAGUUCAUUCCAGUUUAAAGGCGAGUGUGGAUUAAUUUAACACAUGGAGUUUCCCGGAGGAGGAACCGGCGCUGGUGGUGGGGCUGUGCUCAGCGGCAAUAACGUCCCGGCCUUCCUCACCAAGCUAUGGACCCUGGUGGAAGACCCGGACACCGACCCGCUCAUAUGCUGGAGCCCGAGUGGAACCAGUUUCCAUGUAUUUGAUCAGGGUCGGUUCUCCAAAGAGGUUCUACCAAAGUUCUUCAAACACAACAACAUGGCUAGUUUCAUCCGACAGCUCAACAUGUAUGGGUUUCGUAAAGUGGUCCACAUCGAACACGGAGGUCUAGUUAAACCAGAACGAGAUGACACAGAGUUUCAACAUCCAUUCUUCAUCAGAGGACAAGAACAUCUGCUGGAAAACAUCAAACGCAAAGUUACUAAUGUGUCAUCAGUUCGUCAGGAGGACAUGAAAAUGUCUGCUGAUGAAGUGAGUAAAAUCCUCACAGAUGUUCAGCUGAUGAAGGGCAAACAGGAGGCCAUUGACUCCAGGAUCAUCGCUAUGAAACAUGAGAACGAGGCUCUGUGGAGAGAAGUGGCCAGUUUAAGACAAAAACAUUUUCAGCAACAGAAAGUCGUUAGCAAGUUGAUCCAGUUCCUGGUGUCCCUGGUCCAGUCCAACAGGAUUCUGGGAGUCAAGAGGAAGAUUCCUCUGAUGCUCAACGACUCAAGCUCCGCCCACUCUCUGCCCAAAUACAGCCGACCUUUUUCACUGGAGCACGUGCAGAACUCUGUGUCUUCUCAGGCUGCAGCCAAUCUGUUUUCAGCUGACACCCCUCUGACCUCUGGACCAAUUAUCUCUGACAUCACAGACGUGGCCACGCCCACAGUGGAGGACGUGGUCAGUGAGUGGACAGAUGUAGACGCAGGAGAAAACGAUUUAAUUGGCGUGAAGGAGGAGCCGUCCAGUCCUGAGGUGGAGGCGUGUCCUGUUGUGGACACACCCCUCUCCCCCACCACCUUCAUAAACUCCAUCCUACAGGAUAACGACCCUCAGCAGCCGGCCAAUCACCAGCCAGCCAGUCAGCAGCCGGCCAAUCAGCAGCCGGCCAAUCACCAGCCAGCCAGUCAGCAGCCGGCCCAUCAGCAGCCGGCCAAUCAGCAGCCAGCCAAUCAACAGCCGGCCAAUCAGCAGCCGGCGCCCCACAAUGGCAGAACAGGUGUGUCCAACCCCGUUGUGGUCAUGAGCUCCACCUCCACUGGACCCAGCCAGUCACCUGGUGCUGUUCAAACCUCUAACUCCGCCCCCAGCCCGUGCCCCUCCCCCUCCACACAACAGAAGUGUCAGACGAUUGCCUGCAUCGACAGGUCUGAGUUGUUAGAUCACGUGGACAGCAUCGAUUACAGUUUAGAAAACCUUCAGAACGUGUUGAACUCACAGACUUUCUCCUUCGACACCUCACCACUCAUCGAGUUCUUCGGUUCGUCUCUUCCCAGCGGAGAUUUUGAUCUCGACAGUUUGGACACUUUGUUGUCCGAAGAGCCUCCAAAACCAAGUGAUGAAACCAACACCACCGCCAUCACAGGUAAACAGCUGGUGCAGUACACGCCUGUGCCGCCGUUGGAGGGUGGGGCCGACCUGCCGUCUCUGCUGGAGCCUUUAUUUGCCACCGACCUGGCCCCUGACAGCGACCCCACACUGACCUCCGACCUCUGAUUCUAAUGAACUGUAUCUAUAGCAAGAGACGAUACUGACAACUAUAGGUCAGUGUUUUACCACAGAGAUGUUAUUAUUAACAAUUUAUAUUUUUGGUUCCUCUUUUUAUCUGCUUUGAUUGAAGUUUGUUUGUUUGGAUCACGUCUGUCAGUGAUGACAUCACAGCAAGGUGGGGUCAUAUGAUCAUUUUUGUCAGUGAUGAUGUCACAGCAAGGUGGGGUCAUGUGAUCACGUCUGUCUGAUGGCGUCAUAGCGAGGUGGGGUCGUGAUUACAUCUGCCUGUGAUGGCAUCAGAGCGAGGGGGGGUCAUGUGAUCACUCCUGUCUAAUGACAUCACAGUGAGGUGGGAUCAUGUGAUCUCGUCUGCAUGUUUCAAAGUUCUUUCUGUUGUAAAAUACAAGAGUCAAUAUUUUUGGAGAAGUUUAUUAAGAACACAGAGAGAGAGUAUUUAUCCCCUGGUUACCAUGGAGACGGGCUUGUCGCUGUGGAGACAGCCUGGACUCUGACAGGACAUGUAGGCUACGUUCAGACAGCAGAUCUGAGUGCACAAUU